AUGUCAUUGUUAAAAAAUGAUAAUCCAGAUCAAAGAAUAUCAAUGGAUAUUAAUUUAUAUGUUGAAAAUGUUCAUACUUUAGCAAUAGGUCUCUUGAAUGCAUUCGCUUCGUUAUUAUCUUAUGUCAUUGCGCUUUGGUCUCUAUCUGGUAUAAUCAGAAUAAAAAUUACUCAACAUUUUUCGUUUGACAUCAAAGGAAGUAUGGUUUGGGCUGUACUUAUUUACAACGGACUCGCUAAACAAAAUUCUGAAAUUCAAUUUCUUUAUUUACCAAAUGCACGAUUUUUGCAAAUUAAAGAAUUAAUUGUUCGAUUAUCAUUGAAAAUCGGUCAAGAUAAUGGUUGA